AGUGCUCUAGCCUGGACAUUCCAGAAAAGGACAGGGAGGAGCUGAGAUGGCCUUCUUCAAUUUAUAUCUACUGGGAUAUCAAAAUGCCUUUCGGCACAAGAAAAGGGACACAACUGAAGAAACAAACCAGAAGGAAUUGUUGCCCACGAGGUUUCCCUCGAUUAUCUCAAAAGAUGGGAAUUAUUCUGUGCACCAGAAUAGCCACACAAGGUACCACCAAGCUGUACGGAAGGUGUUGUUAAAGACAUUCCCCAAUCAAGUCUUCAGAGUCCCCUUGACUGAUGCUCAGAACUUCAGCUUCUGGAGGUCCCAGGAUCCAGGAGUGCGCCUGGAGGAAACCACGCCGUGGAUCCGGAGCCCUCGCCACUGCCUCAUUAAAAGCCCAAUGACCAGGUUUAUGGAUCACUCUAUCCUCAGUGACAGACUCUUCAGUCUGUAUUGAGCAGGACGUGUUUGCUGAAGGACAGGAUGGACUGUGGAAGAAGGUGACCUGGUUCU